GGGCUUCUCGCCAUUUUGUCACGUCGAGUACAUAGAGUCCUGUCGGCAUUGGGCCGUCUUUUGAGAGGUCCGUCUCCUAACAUAGUUAGCCAGCUAGGUAGCUAUGUGCUCCGUGUACAUAUUUCUUCUAAUGGACACAUUAAAGUAACUUUUUGUUAAACGAAAUUUGAUUUAAUCGUCUAUAUUAGACUUAGCUUGACCUUGUCUGCGAGCGCAGAAAGCCGAUUCGCAGCUAACUGCAGUCCUCAUAGGGAGUCACCGCUUUGGGCGAGGUUUAACCAAAGAGGAAAUCAAUCAGCAAAGCAGCAUCAUGUUGACUGGAUUAUUCCGGAUCCACGGCUUAUUUGUGGCCUCCCACCCCUGGGAGGUGAUAGUGGGAACGGUGACACUGACCAUCUGCAUGAUGUCCAUGAACAUGUUUACUGGCAACAACCAGAUCUGCGGCUGGAACUACGAAUGCCCCAAAAUUGAAGAGCAAAUUCUUAGCAGUGAUGUCAUAAUUUUAACCAUAACACGAUGCAUAGCCAUUGUGUACAUCUACUUCCAGUUUCAAAAUUUACGACAGCUUGGCUCAAAAUAUAUAUUGGGCAUUGCUGGGCUUUUCACUAUAUUUUCCAGUUUUGUCUUUAGCACAGUGGUGAUUAAUUUCUUGGAUAAAGAACUCACAGGCCUUAACGAAGCAUUGCCCUUUUUCCUCUUGCUGAUUGAUCUCUCCAAAGCAUGUGCACUCGCUAAGUUUGCCCUGAGCUCCAACUCGCAGGACGAAGUGAGAGAGAACAUUGCUCGCGGAAUGGCCAUCCUGGGGCCUACAUUCACUCUGGAUGCUCUGGUGGAGUGCCUGGUUAUUGGGGUGGGAACUAUGUCAGGUGUGCGUCAGCUGGAGAUCAUGUGCUGCUUUGGCUGCAUGUCUGUUCUGGCCAACUAUUUUGUCUUCAUGACCUUCUUCCCUGCCUGCGUUUCCCUUGUGCUGGAGCUUUCCAGGGAGAGCAGAGAGGGACGUCCCAUUUGGCAGCUGAGCCACUUUGCCCGUGUCCUGGAGGAAGAGGAGGACAAUAAGCCCAACCCCGUCACUCAGCGUGUCAAGAUGAUCAUGUCUCUGGGCCUGGUUUUGGUCCAUGCUCACAGUCGCUGGAUUGCUGAACCACCUUCACGAAACGGCACGAGCGAGGUACCCAGCAUGGAGCUGAGCCUCAACGAAAAUGUGUCCAAGAGGAUUGACCCACAGCAGACUCUGUGGUACUUCCAUUUGUUAAAGAUGACCAGCAUGGACAUCGAGCAAGUGAUCACCUUGGGGCUGGCCCUCUUCCUGGCUGUUAAGUACAUCUUCUUUGAGCAUGUGGAGAUGGAGUCCACUCUGUCGCUGACGAACCCCAUUACGGGGUCUGCUAUUGGCCAGCGGAGGGUAGCAGGGGAGUGCUGCAGGAUGGAACCAUCACCUCCCAGGUCCCUGCAGAGGCCCACCACGCUGCCUGUGCCUGUCUCCAAGGAGGAGAAGGAGGAAGUCAUUCGGCCUCAACCCAGAGAACCGAGGACAAUGUUUGUCCUUGGGGGUGAGGAUGGCCCUCUAGAGGCUGUCGGGGAGCAUCUGCCCAAGCUGCCCCUGGAGCCACGUCCUGUGGAGGAGUGUCUGUCCAUCCUGAAAGAUCCUAAGAUGGGAGCCAAGUACCUUAGUGACGGUGAAGUCAUGCUGCUGGUGAACUCAAGGCACAUCCCAUCAUACAACCUGGAGGCUGUCAUGGAAACGCCUGAGCGCGGCGUUGCGAUCCGCAGGACGAUGCUGACCUCCAAACUCCCCAGGCCUUCUGCCCUCAGCUGUUUACCUUAUAAGGACUAUGACUAUUCUAAGGUCAUGGGAACUUGCUGCGAGAACGUGAUUGGCUACAUACCUGUGCCUGUGGGGGUGGUGGGGCCCCUACUGCUGGACGGGAAGGAGUUCCAUGUGCCGAUGGCGACGACGGAGGGCUGCCUGGUGGCCAGCGCUAACCGAGGCUGCAGGGCCAUCGCUAAGAGCUUGGGUGUCCGGAGCCAGGUCCUCGCCGAUGGCAUGACCCGCGGCCCCGUGGUUCAGCUUCCCUCUGCCUGUGAAGCUGCCGAGGUCAAGGCCUGGCUGGAGGGCCCCGAGGGCUUCUGUACGAUCAAGGAGGCCUUCGACCACACCAGCAGGUUUGCCCGUCUGGAGAAGGUGCUGAUUGGCCUGGCUGGGCGCAACCUGUACAUUCGCUUCCAGUCCCAAACUGGGGACGCCAUGGGCAUGAACAUGAUCUCCAAGGGUACGGAACAGGCCCUCUCCAGGCUCCAAGAAGAGUUCCCAAAGGUGGAGAUCUUGGCAGUGAGUGGGAACUACUGCACUGACAAGAAGCCCGCCGCGAUCAACUGGAUCGAGGGCAGGGGCAAGUCCGUGGUGUGUGAGGCCACCAUCCCAGGCAGAGUGGUCUGUGAGGUUUUGAAGACCACGACAGAGCGGCUUGUAGAGGUGAACAUCAACAAGAACCUGGUCGGUUCUGCCAUGGCUGGUAGCAUCGGCGGCUACAACGCGCACGCAUCCAACAUAGUGACAGCCGUUUACAUUGCUUGUGGCCAGGACCCUGCGCAGACGGUGGGCAGCUCCAACUGCAUCACUCUGAUGGAGCCUACAGGGCCCACACGGGAGGACCUCUACAUCAGCUGCACCAUGCCCUCCAUUGAGCUGGGCACUGUUGGAGGAGGUACCAACCUGCCCCCCCAGCAGUCCUGUCUACAGAUGUUGGGAGUACAGGGAGCAAGCCAGGAGCAGCCUGGGGAUAAUGCGCGUCAGCUGGCCCGCGUGCUCUGCGCCUCAGUGCUGGCCGGGGAGCUUUCCCUCAUGGCUGCGCUGACCGCCGGCCACCUGGUCAAGAGUCACAUGACUCACAAUAGGUCCAAAGUAAACCUGCAAGGAGACCCUGGAACAUGUACCAAGAAUUCAGCCUAAAGACUUUAGGGAUGGAGGAUCGGGCACAAAUGGCCUUCAGCACUUAAGGACAGAACCCAGAGCUAAAUCCACACAGGUCUGUUCUCAGCAUGACUCUCCAGAAUCUGGCAGCCGGCUGGACUCAAGUCCCGAAGAUGCAUUAAUGUUAAAAUCACAGAGGCAUGACUCAACUGCUUCACCGAUCAUGCAAAGGUUUGCAGUGCUCGAAGCAGUACCUUCGAGACGGGAAGAUAAUGGCACAGGGAUUUUUCAUUCAUUCUGUUAAUGGUUUUUUAGGCAUGGUCCUAAAUGUUUUGUAAAUGUUGUGGAAGUUUCUCAUUUGUUCCAGUGACGGUUACUACUGAUGGCCACUGCAGUAAUGUACUUGACCAAAUUAGCCUGGUACCUUUUAGACAGAAUCGUGGAGGGGUUCCCCACUGAUACUUGUUCAGUUAGCUUAUACUAGUACAUAAAUACAUGAUCACUAGAGGAGUUACUGAGGUACGACUAGCCUAACUUUUAAUAUGGUGGAAUUUAUAGGCAGAGGUGGAUAGUUCGUCCAAAACAUUAAAAUCCAGACCAUGAUUUUGUUUCAACCAGCUAGUUCAGCAUAAAGAGUUAGUCACUGAAUACUCAUUCGAUUAGCUAAAACAAGAUCUUGGUCUGGAUUUAUACUUUCUAGACCUGAGCUAUUUACCUCUGUUUAUAGGUAUGUAUUCUGUUAACAAAGGGAUUAGGUUUUUUUUUUUUAAAUCAAAUAUCACGAAGAUCUGAGAGUAAAGAAUAGUCCUAAAAUAUUCAUGUUAGGCCUGUUUAACAUUUUCUUGAAUUGUCUUUUUCAAGAAGUUGAAUACAGUAAUACGGGAAUCUCAUGCACUGAAUGCAUUUCACAUUCGAUGUGCAAGCACAAAUUUCAGAAAGGUGCUAAAGUAGGGCAGUAGUUAAUUUGUAGGUCGUCAUCCCGUUGCUUUUCCAUGGCUGUGUCUGUAGGCUGCUCUGAACAAUUACAUCCAGGUUCUGCGGAUGUGUGUCCACACUCACCUCAUUCAGCUUCCUCAAGUUUAGCAGCUACUGCCAAGUCGUAUGUGUGAAGAAGUAACUGUGUUAUCACUAAUGCAAUGCAGCUUUUUCUGAGAUGACAUACAUGUGCUGCUGGCCAUUUUGUGUAUUUAUUUUAAAGCACAGCGUGAUGGUUUCUGGUUCUGUGCUGAAAUCUUAUCGGGGGAAGAAGGAUGGAUGAUUCUCUCAGUUGUAAAGCACUAAGAUCUCCCUCCUUGAAUUUUGUUUUGAAAGAAAAGUAUUAUGGAAUUUUAGUUAAAAGAAAAAAAGUCUUAAUUUAUAUGCAAAAAUGCCACUACUUUGAGAAUCAACUUUUGAAUGAGGCAUUGGGAAACCAUAGUUUUAUAUUUCCUAUUAUGUAUUUUUAUUAAAACAAUGAAAAAGUGCAAUAAAUGUAAUAUAUAUAUAUAUAUA